AUGACCAUACCUGCUACCAGAAGUACACAUCAGAACACACAACAGCAGCAUCUCUCCUCAUCGCAAGAGGACAUCCAAAUGCAAAGACAAUUGGACGAGUUCAACAGGUCUGUGACUAUAAUCAUAUGGUACAAGGCCAACAUAGAACCGAUUAGAUUGCAACAAAUGGUGCCUACGUUUCCGUGUUUCCAGCUGGCACAGUUCAGCAACCUCGUCACUGACCUGGGCCUCACAUCUGGGUCUUACCUAGAUACAUAUGUCCCAACGUCUAACCAAUGGGAACAGCACACCAUCACAUCUGUUCGGAUAGUGGCUACGCAGCAGAGACUGCUAUACAAACUUAGACGAUCUCUCAUUGAUGGACUUUCAGAGGAGGAAUGUUUAAGUCUCCGCGAGGAAGUCCAGUCCCAGAUUCGAAACCGCAGGGAGUCACAGCCUCCCUCGCUGCCUAGUCCUCCCAACAAAACGCCAAUGUUGCCGCCUACGCCGAAGGCGAGCACAGACAGUAUUCAACAUAAAAAUUCUCUCAAAAGGCCGGCCGCGUCUCAGGAAGAUUCACAAGACGCGCGCGAAAGCCCAAAAAUCCACGUUACUAAUGGCUACUAUAUGACCCACAACAGCGGAUCGAGUGCUUUAGUGUCUAGCCCCGUAGCCGGGCCAUCAACUUCCACCGCGUCAACCUCUGCGGUCUCGAAUUCGCAACCGACUACCCAAUCACAGGACAGCAAUGUCUAUGGCAUGUAUCAGAGCCCGGUCUACUACGACUCUAGUCACAACAACGAACCGGACAACAGCAGCAGCGCCAACAGUACCACCAACAACACGAACACCGAAAACCAUAGCACAUCAGAUUCGAACAGCACGCACACACACACCCUACCGCACUACCUCCUCGCACCGCAUGUUCCUGCGGCGCCUAUUCCAUACCACCCGCACCCACCACUUAAGCGCUGGCCGAAUGACUAUACUGUCUCCGAGCUCUCGGCAGGGUUCCACUCGAUGGACAUGCUAAUCGCGCAGUCUCCGACAGGUGCGAACAUGACCCAACGCACGGCCUUUGAGCGCGUGUUCGGCAGCAGGUACGUUAAAAGCACGGUUUGUCGGCACCGUGCGGUAUGGCGGAAAGCGCCGCGGCUUCUGCGUGAGCAGUUUGAGCACAUGGGGUCGGAUGACAGAGCGUGCUGGGGCGAAUUUGUUCGUAGAGUCGAGAACAGACCGCCUGGGAAGCAUUCGCCAAUGGAUAUGAUGGGAUCUCCGCAAAAUGAAGAUAUGAAUUACCAUGAUCAGCAGGGCACGCCUGAAGAAGAAGAAGUGCAUGGCCAGGAGUCUGUCCUGGGAACUAUGCAAAACCAAGUUGCUGCUGCUGCCAAUAGUAAUGCAAUGCAGAGUAACAUGACUGUGUAUGAUUCCAGGGCCCAUAUUACAAGUAGCGGGCAUAACGGAUGA